AUGGCUCAGGGCCCCGGGAGCAUCAACAGCGACUGCAAGGACUGGGAGUGGAGCGCUGACGCCGGGGAAAGGGCCAGGCUCCUGCAGAGCCCCAGCGUGGAGACCCUGCCCAAGGGUGGAGAGAGCCCAGGAAACGACCUGGGGGCCACAUCUGCUUUGGGAGCUGUCUUCAUUGUGGUCAAUGCUGCCCUGGGGGCUGGGCUGCUCAACUUCCCUGCUGCCUUCACCAUGGCUGGAGGGGUGGCUGCGGGCAUCGGGCUGCAGAUGUGCAUGCUGAUCUUCAUCAUUGGAGGCUUGGUCAUCCUGGCAUACUGCUCCCAGGCCAGCAACGAGAGGACCUACCAGGAGGUGGUGUGGGCUGUGUGUGGGAAGGUGCCUGGCGUGCUCUGCGAGGUGGCCAUCGCCGUCUACACCUUCGGCACCUGCAUUGCCUUCCUCAUCAUCAUUGGGGACCAGCAGGACAAGAUCAUUGCUGCUCUGGUGAGGGAGCCUGAGGGAGCUGGGGUCAGGCACUGGUACAUGGACCGCAAGUUCACCAUCAGCAUCACUGCCUUCCUCCUCAUCCUGCCCCUCUCCAUCCCCAGGGAGAUUGGCUUCCAGAAAUAUGCCAGCUCCCUCAGUGUGAUUGGCACUUGGUAUGUCACAGCAGUCAUCAUCAUCAAGUACAUCUGGCCUGACAAGGAGCUGGUGCCUGUGGAGAUCCCCACCAGCCCCUCCAGCUGGACAGCCAUCUUCAAUGCCAUGCCCACCAUCUGCUUUGGCUUCCAGUGCCACGUGAGCAGCGUGCCCGUCUUCAACAGCAUGAAGCAGCCAGAGGUGAAGACCUGGGGGGCAGUGGUGACAGCAGCCAUGGUGAUCGCUCUCUUCGUCUACACAGGCACUGGUGUCUGUGGCUUCCUGACCUUUGGGGCCAGCGUGGAGCAGGAUGUCUUGAUGUCCUACCCCUCCAACGACAUCCCCAUUGCCCUGGCCCGGGCCUUCAUCAUCCUCUGCGUGCUGACCUCCUACCCCAUCCUGCACUUCUGCGGCCGGGCUGUGUUGGAGGGGCUGUGGCUCCGUUACACCGGGGUGACAGUGGAGGAGGACGUGGUUCGGGAGCGCAGGAGGCGCCUGCUGCAGACCAUCACCUGGUUCCUCCUCACCCUCCUCCUGGCGCUCUUCAUCCCAGACAUCGGCAAAGUCAUCUCUGUCAUCGGGGGCUUGGCUGCCUGCUUCAUCUUUGUCUUCCCAGGGCUCUGCCUGAUUCAAGCCAAGCUCUCUGAGAUCCAAGAAACCAGGGCAAUCAGCUGGUGGGCCUACGUCAGCUACGGGGUGUUCAUGGUCACCCUCGGAGCCUUCAUCUUUGGACAGACCACUGCCAAUGCCAUCUUUGUGGACCUCACAGCUUGA